GCUCCUCCUGUUUCAGAAGAAAACAGAUAAGUGGAAGCGGAAAAGCGGGAAUGACAGUUUUUUUUUUCAUUUUCACUUCUUAGGAAGACUUAUUUCUGCAACUGUGAGUGUAUAAAAGGUGAAGCUCAUGGCGUUCCAGAGGCAGACAGCAAAACCCACAGAGAGGAGAAAUCCUUCAGUCUGGAGAGGAGAAACCAGUUUCACUCAUUUCUACCAUCUGAGACAAACAUGAAGUCAGCUGUCCAGCUCAUCGUUCUCCUGGCCUGCGUCUUCCUCUGCACGUCAGGACCUGUAAUUCCGAAAUGUCGUUGUAUAAAGACGAUCCCAGCAGUAAGGCACAAUCUCAUCGCUGAUGUAAAGGUGAUUGAACCGAGUGGGAUUUGCAACAAGCGCCAAGUGAUAGUUGUCCGGAACGAUAAUAAAGAGUUCUGUCUCAACCCGGAGUCAGAUUUCACCAAAAGACUCCUGCGAGAUCGAGAAAUGAACAAGAAGAAACUCUCAACAACAACAACAUAAACAACAACUGCAGCUACAACACAAUCAACAGCAAGAGCAACAUCGUCUGUCACACAUCAGUGACGUUAAAGCUGAUAUUUAUUACGUUUUUGUUUGUUUUAUUCUAUGAAACAUAGUUUGCACUAGCAGCUAAAAGUAAAAUAUUCAUUUUAUUUAAUACCAGACCAGAGUCUCUGUCAGGACUGAAUUACUGGUUAAUCAGCAAAAUGUGACCAACAAAAACCUGUGGAUUUAUACUUUGUUUGAUAUGUACAAUUAUUUUUGAAGGAUGUAAAUAUACAUAUAUUUAAAAAUUUGCUUAAC